CCCACACUUGGUCUAAUAGUAUCAAGUCGAAGAGAUCAAUAAACAUCACCUAACAUAGUUCCAUUUUGCACCUUUUUCUUUAGAGCACCUACACUUACAACAAGUUUCACAAAGUUUAGUAAAUGGCAAUGCAAAUGCAAGCUCUUGUUGCCAACCCAAUUGGGGCCUUUACUAAUGGCUCGAGGAUGACACGUGUGGUCUAUCCGGUAGGAUUUACACCUCGGAUGGGCAAACGUGUCACUUUCGGAGUCAAAUGUAUGGCUGAAGAUAAAACCGAGGGUGAACCCAAGCUUAAUAUUGAUGCUACCUCGUCCAAUGCUACUCCUACUAUGCCUUCGUCACCCGCCCCCACGCCUAAACCUAAACCUACUAAGGUAAGCACAAAAUUUUCCGACGUGUUCGCCUUUAGUGGGCCAGCACCGGAGAGGAUUAACGGCCGAUUAGCCAUGAUCGGGUUUGUAGCGGCGGUGGCCGUAGAAUUAUCAAAGGGCACAGACUUAUUCUCACAAAUAUCGGACGGUGGUGCACAAUGGUUCUUAGGAACAAGCAUACUUCUAUCAGGAGCAUCUUUGGUGCCUUUGUUCAAAGGUGAACGGGCUGAAUCUAAGACUGAUGGACUUAUGAACGCCAAUGCCGAGCUAUGGAAUGGAAGGGUUGCUAUGUUGGGUCUUAUGGCCUUAGCUUUUACUGAAUUUGUUAAAGGUGGUGCUCUUGUUUAAGCCUCAAAAAUAAUGUGUUCUCAUUUGAUUUUGUAGAUACCAACUAUGAAGCUAAUAUGUCUUGUAUAGUAAGUAUCGUAUUUUUUAGAUAAGAUUAUGAUUGGAUUGUAGGAUUUAAUGGGGUAUGUAUGUUUUGAUUAGAUCAAUGAAGGAAUGUAAUAUACUCUCAACUUAAUUAGCUUGGUCAUUUUUUACAAUGGGUUAUGUACUCUAGUAAACAAGUGCACUUAAAUUUAUAUAUUGUGAUUUUUUUUA